AUGUCGCUCGAUCUCGACCUGCAGAAGGACCUGCACGAGGCUUUCCGGUUGCUGUACGAUGGCGAAGAGGAUCUAGACUUUGAUGCCGACUGGGACGAGGAUGAGGACGACGUCCAGGUGCCCAUGAAUAACACACCACCAGCAGAGGUCGAGAUACCCAGUACAAAGUAUUCGAAGAAAAGACUACAAGCCAUGCUAGACGCCUUGAUACCCUCGGACCCAUCUUAUCAGCCCACUCAAAAACGUCGUAGACUUCUCCCUACUGCCUCAAAUGACCCUACUCCUAAAUCGAUCUCUUCCUCGACCGCCCAACCUCUAUUCUCUCCGAACUCUACGACAUCAUACCGUUCCCGCCUGCUUAGCUAUACCCUGCCGACGUAUUCCUCUAAACCGGAAUCUUUGCGUCCUCAAAAUGUGGCCCGAUACGGCUGGAAGAAUGCCGGUAGGGAGAGGAUUCAGUGCGAGACGUGCGGUUCAGCUUGGGUGAUCAAGGGGUUGAACGAUCCGAAGUUGGUCAAAGCGCGGGCGAGGUUGGUAGAGUUGUACGAGCAAGCCGUACGCACGGCGCACACGAAAUACUGUCCCUGGCGAAUCCAACAAUCACCUCCUUCGAUACAUCAUCAGUUACUCUCCCUUCAACCACCUUUAUCCUCCCGACUAGCACCUAUCGCUAGGGAGCUUGACUCGGACUACUUGAAACGGGAUGAGAAAGGAUCCACCUCGGCAGUGCAGGUCGCUGGAGGCCUUUCAUCAAACGAGCUGCAGAACCUACUAGCAAGCCUACAAACCGUCACUCCGAUCGCAUCACCCGAGAUUCUACCGCUCGAGCCGUCCGACAUCUCGGCAGAAGCGGCCAACCUCAGCUUUUUCGGCUGGAGACCUUAUCGACCCGCAGCGUCCUCCUCAAAGGCCUCCGUCGUUGUCGUACCGGAACAGCCGCCUGCAGCUGUCCCGGACGUCUUGCAUUGCGCGAUCUGUGAUCGCAAGAUCGGGCUGUUCAACUUUCGCGAUCGCGAUAUCGCAGCUAUUCCUACCGGGUCUGAAGGUGGGGAAGGAAAGGAUGCGAAGGGGAAGAAGCGGGUCUUGGAUGUCAGAGGCGAGCACCGAGAGUUUUGCCCGAUCAAGGUUUACGCCGAGCCUCUCACCACGGAUGGAUCGAGAGAGGACGACGCUAGAAAAGAGCAGGAGCUGAAUCUCGGAAUCGAGAGACCGUGGUGGAAUUCUGCCGUGAUCUUGCGUGCACCCGAUACAUCGACCCGGCAGAACAUGCACAGCAACCUGGGCAUGGAGAUGUCGAGCGGGACUCCAGGAGACAAGAUGACGAAGCAGCAGGUAUUGUUGCGGUUGAAAGAGAUUCUGGGCGAGAAGGAUACCAGGCUGAGCUUGAGAGGGCGUAUCUGA